CACUUGAUUUUGAUCCGCAAUGAAGCGUCUGCAGUUGAAUCUGUUGGUGGUUUUGUGUUCUGCUGGUAUUGUGUCAUGUAUCACCAGAGAAUAUUACUUUGCCAUUAAGGAAAUUCAGUGGGAUUAUGCACCGACUGGUAAAAAUGUCAUUCAGAACAAAACCAUCAAAGAAGAUGAACAUGCACGAGUGUUUCUGGAGAAAGGAGAACAGCGAAUUGGUCGGGUCUAUAAGAAGGCUGUGUAUCUGCAAUAUACUGAUGCCACCUACAGACAGGAGAUAGAAAAACCCAAAUGGUUGGGCUACUUAGGUCCUCUUAUCAGUGCUGAGGAAGAUGAUACUGUUAUUGUACACUUGAAGAACAUGGCCACACGGGCAUACUCCCUCCACGCUCAUGGACUCAGUUACAACAAGACCAAUGAAGGGGCACUUUAUCCUGAUUCGUCAGAAAAGGCCGAAAAAGCAGAUGAUGCUGUGGGUCCUGGGAAAUCCUUCACCUAUAUUUGGACUCUGCCUGCUUCCCACACCCCUGGAAAAGAUGACACGAACUGUCUGACAAGAAUUUAUCAUUCACAUGUUAAUGCGCCUAAAGAUAUCGCGUCUGGUCUGAUUGGACCUCUCAUCAUAUGUAAAAAAGGCAGUUUGGAUGUUCAUGGUGAUAAGUCAAGUGACUAUCUUUACACCCUCAUGUUUACCGUGUCUGAUGAGAACCUCAGCUGGUAUCUGGAUGAAAACAUUAAGACGCACUGCUCAGCAGCCACCAAAAUCAGCAAAGAUGAUGAGGGCUUUCAGGAAAGCAAUAAAAUGCACUCUAUUAACGGUUAUGUCUACGGUAAUCUGCCGGAUCUCAGUAUGUGUAUGGGCAACAAAAUCCACUGGCACCUGUUUGGGAUGGGAAAUGAGGUGGACAUCCACUCGGCAUACUUUCAUGGUCAGGUCUUGACAGACAAAACCCACCAUGUUGACACGGUCAGUCUGUUCCCGGCCACAUUUGUCAAUGUAGAGAUGGUUGCAGAUAAUCCUGGCCAGUGGCUUCUCAGCUGUCAAGUCAACGAUCACCUGGAAGCUGGCAUGCAGGCCAUUUUUGAGAUAAAGAAGUGUUUCCCAAAUGUACAUAAACCCAGACCAUUUGGAGAAGUGCGACAGUAUUACAUUGCAGCUGAAGAAAUCAUCUGGGAUUAUGGGCCCACAGCGAUAAACCAGUAUACAGGAAAAAAACUUACAGAAGACAGUGUGUCCGAUACUUUCUUUGACAACCGUAAUGAUCGCAUUGGUGGCAAAUACAAGAAGGUCCAAUAUAUUGAGUACACAGAUGACACAUUCAGCAAACGUAAAGAGAGAACAACUGAGGAGCAACAUCUGGGCAUUUUGGGUCCAGUCAUCAGAGCAGAGGAAGAGGACACAAUAAAAGUAACAUUCAGAAAUAAAGCUAACAGACCCUUCAGUAUUCAACCUCAUGGAGUGCAAUACAGCAUUGAAAUGGAUGGCACUCUUUAUCACAAUGUCCUUGAAGAGUCAUACACUGAGAAAAAGCUUCGGGAACUCAAGAAAGAAGCAAGAAUAAUUAAGCCACUGCCUGCAGCGAAGGUCCUUCCUGACACCACCUAUCAGUAUGAAUGGGUGGUGCCUAAGGGUGGAGGACCAACCCAAAAUGACCCAGAUUGCAUCACAUAUCUGUACUACUCCGCUGUCGAUCCCAUCCGAGACACAAACUCUGGACUGAUUGGACCGCUUCUCAUCUGCAAGCCAAAAUCCUUGAAAUCUGGGAAGCAGAAGAACGUAAAAAAAGAGUUUCACCUUCUUGCCACUGUUUUUGAUGAGAACUUGAGUUGGUAUUUAGAUGACAACAUCAACAGAUACACAAAACAGCCCAAAACUGUUGAUAAAGAGAAUGAAGAUUUUCAGGAGUCCAAUAAAAUGCACUCACUCAAUGGAUACAUGUAUGGAAAUCUGAAAGGCUUGAAUAUGUGUAAAGGUGAUAAAGUGUCUUGGCAUCUGUCUGGUCUGGGAUCAGAGGUAGACAUCCAUGGACUUUACUUUGCGGGCAACAGAUUCCUCUACAAAGAAACCAGAAGAGACACCAUCAGUGUGUUUCCUCAUAUUUCUCACACUGUUAUUAUGGAGCCUGACAGCAUGGGUCAGUUUGAGGUGGCGUGUAAAACUACAGAUCAUUAUCACGGAGGAAUGAGAGCUAACUAUACAGUAGAGAAGUGUCACUUCUGGAACCGUCAGUCUGAGGUGAUGUUACAUCAGAGUAAAUAUUACAUAGCUGCCGUCGAGAUGGAGUGGGAUUAUUCACCCAGCCGUGUCUGGGAAGAAAACAUGCAUCAUAAUCUGAAGGACAGUCCAGGCAAUGAGUUCCUGAAAAAAGAGGGGAAAUUGAUUGGUUCAAAAUACAAGAAGGUUCUUUACAGAGAGUACACUGAUGACAGCUUUACAAAACCCAAAGAAAGGACUGCUGAUAUGGAACACCUGGGAAUUAUGGGACCCAUGAUCCACGGUAAUGUGGGGGAGAAAGUAAAGGUGGUGUUUAAAAACAUGGCAAAGAGACCAUACUCCAUACACGCUCAUGGAGUUAAAACUGACAGUCCUGAGGUCGCUCCUACCCUUCCAGGUGAAACUAAGUCAUAUACCUGGUAUAUCCCAAAAAGUGCCGGACCGACAGAAGAACAGGAGGAGUGCAGUGUUGGAGCGUAUUACUCCACUGUAGAUGUUACUAAGGACAUGUACACCGGUUUGAUCGGGCCGCUGGUCAUCUGCAAGAAAAGCCUAGCACGAUCACUGGGAUUAAAGAAAGAGAUCGAAGAGUUUGCUUUACUCUUUAUGGUUUUUGAUGAAAAUGAAUCUUGGUUGCUGGACGACAACAUCAAAGCUCACGUUAAAAGUCCUCCCAAAGACUUGAAAGAAGACAAGUUGUUCAUUGAAAGCAACAAAAUGCAUGGUAUCAAUGGUUUAGUGUAUGGUAAUCUUAAAGGCCUGAAUAUGCGGGUAGGAGAUAAAGUAUACUGGUAUCUGAUGGGAAUGGGAAAUGAAAUAGACAUACACACGGUUCACUACCAUGGACACAGUUUUGAUUAUAAGAUCGGUGGAACUCAUCGAGCAGAUGUCUAUGAUUUGUUUCCUGGGACAUUUCAGACGGUCAUCAUGCGUCCACUGUAUCCUGGCAAAUGGUUACUGCACUGUCAUGUGACCGAUCACAUUGAUGCCGGAAUGGAGACCACGUACACUGUGCUCGAUAAAGAGGGGAAAAAGGGAUUCCUGGGUUUGUUUGGUAGUGGUUAAGUUCCCUCACCUGUAACAGGAAGUACAGUAUUCAGUUUAAUACAUAAACAUUGUGUCUGUGUGAAAAAUAAGACUUAUUGUCUUGACACCCAUACCCGAAAGUAACCGUAAACUAAGAAAGUGAAUAUAAAUAUUAAGUGUUAUUUGCAUUGUGUACAAUUUUUUAAGAUGUACAUAGUACACAUAGAAAUGUUUAGAAAAACUGAGCAGUGCACAUUUAAUUAUAAUUUAAUAAUAUAAAUCAGACGACACAUUAAAAACAGCAUUUAUUCUGAAACUGAGAUGAUUCAUAAACUUUUGCACAUUAAGACAAUAAUACAUUAAAACAUUUAAACUUCAGCCUCCUGUUAUUGACCUACAAGUAUUUAUCAUAUUGUGAAGCAUUGCUAUAUUUUGCAUUAUGUAAUUGCAUAAAUUCGCAUUUAAUAAAGGAGAACUUCUUAAUA